AUGUCUCCUCCAACGUUUGAGAAGGUUAGUGGUACUUAUAUACCCGAUGAUAUUGUUUUCUCUAUUCUCUCUAAACUCCCUAUUAAACAUCUUAAACGCUUUGCUUGUGUUCGCAAAUCAUGGUCUCAUUUAUUUGAAAACCCUAUUUUCAUGAACAUGUUCCGCAACAAUCUUGUUUCCAAAUCUCAAACAGGGUAUGAUGAUGACGACGCUUGUCUCAUCUGUCACUGGGUUUUGGAUCCAGUGAAGAAGUUGUCUUUCCUCACAGGUGAGAAGUUUGAGAAAGAGAUCAAAUUGGAUCUGCCACCUCAAGUUCAAAUUCAACAGAAUGACUUCCUUGAUUAUAUUAGUAUUUUGUGUUCUGCUAUUAAUGGUAUUCUUUGUAUCUACAACUGGUUUGAUCCUUCACAGAUAGUGUUGUGGAACCCAACUACUAACGAAGUUCAUGUCGUUCCUUCUAACCUUCCCGAGUCUCUACCUAAUGUCUUCGUUGAUCAGUUUCUUUAUGGGUUUGGUUAUGACCAUGAUAGUGAUGACUACAAGGUCAUCCGGGUUGUGCGUUUUCGAGAAGAUAUGUUUAAGACACAUGACCCCUUUUAUGAGAUAUAUAGUCUAAGAAGUCACUCUUGGAGAAAACUCGAUGUUGAUAUACCAAUUGUUUUCUACGGCCCGUUGAGUUCUGAGGUGUACUUGGAUGGAGUGUGUCACUGGUUGCGAAGGAUAAAUGAUAAAACUGAUGUUGUGUCAUUCAACUUGAGCAAUGAAGUGUUUUUCACAACACCCUUAGACAUACAUGGUGAUGUUUGUUUGGUUGUGUUAAAUGGGUCAGUUGCUAUAAUCUCAUAUUACAAAGGGUCAAGGUAUUUCAGCAUAUCAAUUUUGGGUGAAAUUGGUGUUAAAGAAUCAUGGACUAGACUCUUCGAUGUUGGACCUUUGUCUUCCAAUUUGUAUCCUAUUGCAGUUGGGAAGAAAGGCAAUAUAUUCUUCAAGAAAAAAUAUGAUAAAUCUAAACUAGUUUGUUUUGAUUUAACUACCGGAGUGGUUGAUGAUAUUGAUGUUAAAGGAAAAGGAGGUAUUUGUGACAUCAAAAUUUACAAGAAAAAUCUUCGCCGAUUGAAGGAAUGA